AUGCUUUAAAAUUAAUUCUGUAUAUUAACUGUUAAAAUCAUAUUUAAAAAAGUAACAACUACACAAUAAUUUUUUUACCAUCAAGUUAAAAUCAACAAUUUUAUCAAUACCCGAAGCCAACAUAAAAACUUCCACAAAGAACUCGAUGUUUGCCAACAAGUUAACAAAACGCGGACGCAAAAAAUGUUAUUUUAAGAUGCGGAUUGUCACAGUAACUGUAAAAGCAUCCGGAUAAGCAAAUUUAACUGAUCCAAAAAUAAACCGAGUUAACCCCUACAGAGCAGACGAUCGCGACAGACAGCUGUGGACCGUUCGUUCUCGGCAUACCUAAACAUCACCCUCCAGUAAACUUACCAUCAAAAAAUCAACGAGUCAGUGAGUAAGAUAUAGUGGAAGAUGCAAAGAGGUCCGACCGUCAUUACGGUCCGAGGUGGCGGCGGCUCAGGCGGCGGCAUUGACUGUUGUUGUUGCAGAUGUUGCACGUGCGUGAAUUUGGAUUUUUUACGGACGGAACAUGGAGUUCUAAAAUUGACUGAAGUGAUUCUAGGUUUCUUUUGCCAAAGCCUGGCACUGAACUAUGGUAUUAAAUACGCAUCAACGAUAGGUCCAUCAUUCCAAUCCUUCAUCACGACAGCCUCAUGGUGCUUCAUGACAAGUUUCUUAUUGCUGUUUUGCUACUUCUUCAGCGAAAAAUCCGUAAGCCUCAUCAGACAAUCACUUUUUGAAACCGUAUUCAAUGGAAUAGCGUGUUUCAGUUACGUGACUUCGUGUUCUUAUUUGGGAUAUGCUGUUAAUACAUUUUUGGAGCCCAUGUACUUGGUGACUCCAUACUUUCAAGUUUAUCCAGCGAUGAGUGCAGCUUAUAUGGUUGGAACAUUCCUAGGUGUUAUUUAUGGAUAUGACACGUACAAAUCUUACAGAUAUUUUAAGGGGUAUAGAUAAAUUAAUACGCUUUUUGUUCAUAAUAAAAUUUUUUUGUACUUACCUCUUUGUUUU